AUGGCCAACAUUGGCAAGGCCAUUACCCAGUCCUACUAUGGAUACCUCCCACAACGCUCAUAUUUCUAUGGCGAUUCAACUGGUGGCCGGCAAGGCGUUAUGCUUGCACAAAGUUGUGAAAUGGACGCAAUGACGGAUGCCGCCAUUGCAGCCUGUGAUGACAAGGAUGGCGUUGUUUACGGGAUAAUCUCAUUGCCAUAUCUCUGCGAUUUCGAUCCUCAUACACUUGUCGGGAAAUCUUUUGACUGCAAUGGCGCUUCCGCUGUCUUCAGCAAUGCUGCGGCAGAUAUCGUAGAGGCAGCGUUGUCCGGCCCCGGAAGCUCUACUGGCAAAUUCCAGUGGUAUGGUAUUGGCAAAGAUGCUGAACUUGGAUCUUCCGGAAUCGGGCUUGCGUCCACCAUUUGUGCAGAAGUGGGAGGUUGCAAAGCUGCGCCGUUUCCGAUCGCAGACAACUAG